CAAGGUGAGCGUCGCAAGACUCUUACGUCGAGGAAAAAGGGAUCCAGAGACAGAGCGAUCGUUGAAACGAAAAUAUAUACAGCGAAAUAAGUUCUCGGGAGGGUCAACAAGUGUUUAACAAGUGUUUCUUUCAUGUGCGUGUUAAAUCACUCGAUCCGAGGAUAAUAACUUUCCAACGUUCUAUUUAUUCUCUCAGAAGCGUGUGACAGGAUCUUAAGUAACAAAUAAGUCACUUAAGAUGGAGGACUCCUCGCAACUGACAGACCUGAGCGAUCAUCGAUCACCCCAGCAUCAUCAUCGGCACCACUAUCAUCACCAUCAUCAUCAUCAUCGGGGUAGAACGCCCGUGGGCGAGAUCGGCGACGACGAGUGCAGCACCGACAGCGGCUGCAGCAGCGGCGGUAGCACCGGAAGCGGCAGCAAACGCCUGUCGCGUUCCGGAAGCGGCGAACGCCUGUGCAGAUCCAGCCGAUCGCCCAGAACCCACAGUUACUUGGACCGAUUGCGGGGACGACCGACGCGAUCCCAGGAACGGUUCAGCAGCAGCGUCCAGAGAUCGUCGGAACGCACCUGGAGCCCCUUCAAGGACGUGAAGAAUCUAUCCCUCGGCGGGGUAUCGCCCUCGUCCUAUUCAUCCAGCCCCUCGGACGCGCACAGCAGCAGCGACAGCGAUUCCUUUAAGAGGCCGUCUACUGCGGAGACUCUGCGCCGGACCUUCGAGAGUUUGAAGAUCACCUCGUCCAAGUGGGAGAACAACAAGGAGAAGAAGCUCGUGAAGAAGAGUCCGAAAAGAAUCUUGCGCAGUCCGGUGUCCUACAUGUAUGUCCGCGGACUAUCCGGUCUGCCGACUCAAAGGGUCCCACGAAACUCGGGCUACCUUCAGUAGCGGACGAUAAGGAUUUGCUCCUGCCGGGAUUCAAUCGAGCUUUAUUGAUAAAUAGAUCCUGAGAUUCUAGGACCAAGACACACUUGUCCUAUUCAUCCAGUCCCUCAGACGCGAUUCCUCAAAGAGGCCAUCCGGUCUGCCAACCCAAAUGAUCUCACGAAACUCGGGUCAUCUUUAGUAGCGGACGAUAAGAAUUUGCUCCUGUCGGGAUCCAAUCAAGCUCUAUUGAUAAAUAAAUCCUGAAAGAUGAAGGACCAAGACACACUCUGCCAGAUUCUAUCUCUCGACGAGGUCCUGCCCUCGUCCUAUUCAUCCAGUCCCUAGGACGCGAUUCCUUAAAGAGGUCAUCCACCGUGAAGACUCUGCGCUGGGCCUUCGACAGUCUAAAGAUCACCUCGUUCAAGUAGGAGAACAACAAGCAGAAGAAGGGGAUUCGUGAAGAAGAGCCCUAAAAGAAUCCUGCGCAGGCUGGUGUCCUACAUGUACAUCCGCGGACUAUCCGGUCUGCUGACCCAAAAGGUCCCACUAAACUCGAGUCACCUUCAGUAGUGGACGAUAAAGAUUUGUUCCUGCCGGGAUCCAAUCGAACUCUGUUGAUAGAUAGAUCCUAAAAGAUGUAGUACACACUCUGCCAGGAAAAGGCGAGGAAUUCGUAUUUAAGGAUUAAUAUAUGCGCAGUUGAGCGUGGUUCCUUCUCGACAGUUUUUACUUAAAAAUUGCCCACGUGUUUUCAAAACACGAACUAUUGCUGCAGAUUUUCCUAAAUUCUUUGUGGAAUUUUACGUCCCCUUUUUCUAACUCAUCGUUCGUUUUCAUCUACGAUAUCACGCUGGGGAUAUUUUCUCCAAUCGGAUACUUCUGUCCUCAGUAGUACAAGUCAAGCGUAAUGCCGGACUCAUUUAGACCGAUCGAUUAGAUCGAAACGAAGACAGAAAUGAAAAGGAAAAUAAACAUUAAGAUUCAGAAAGAAGAUAAUUGAAUUAAUCUAUCAGUGUAUGGAUAUCCGGGUACCUCCAACUGCGAUUCGACAUAUUGACAAUUUAUUUCUAGCUGCUGAGCAUCCGACAUUCUUUUUUACUAUAUUUUAGACGGUUUAUCGAAUAUAAAAGCUCUUUGUAUUUCAUUUUGUGUGGAAAAAAAUUCCGGCACAUUUGAACAUUUAACAUAUAAAGUUACUUUAGGUACCUGGGUAGCCAAAAGUUAAUUGACAGAAAGGGUUAAAUAAAUAUAUUAAGCGCAGAUGGUUCUCGAUACAAAAUAGGACAAAUCUUUGAUGUAUUCGGGAUCGUCUGCGCGACACUUUCUAAUACUUUUGCAACAUCUUUUUACCGAAAUCUUUGCUGUAUCAAGUCAUGUCGUAGGGUGUUUUAAAGCCAAGAUACUCUUCUCGUAAUUAUAGUUAUACACAUCUUAACUUUUAAGGAUACCUAAUCUCGAGUCGGACUAAUGUUCUCUCUAAUUGAGCGAUAUAUUGGAGGACAUUUAGCGUACGAACAUGCAGACUGAUAGAUUUAAUGUAACAUUAAUCCUUACUCCAUCAUUUAUCAGCAAAAAUAUGUAGGAUUUCGCUAAUCUUAUGCUAUACUUAUCUUUAUUGUAUAACUUCCUUUACAAUAGUUCACUUGGAUUCUCUCUUCAAGAGACGAAUGACUUCUUAAAAAUUAUAAAAAAUACGAGAAAUUACA